AACCUUUAUGGAAUUUUUUUUCACAAAGAAUUUUGUGAAAAUUAUGUUCAUUGUGCAAAAAAAUUGGAACAGAAGCAACGCGAAUGUUUGGAACUGCAAAUCAAACGAAGUACACAUCUGAAGAACAACUGCAGCAAUUUGUCGCAGCCAUACAGAGCAUUGGAAUUACGAAAAACCGAACUGUAUCGGGAUUGUGUCCAGGAACGUAUGGCCGAUUUUCCAACAAAUAUGGACACUGAGCAUCAAGCAUGCGCCAGAAUGAGUAAAAAAUAUGUGUCCUCAAGCAGUAAGAUGAGUAAACGACAACAGAAAAGAUUGUCGAGAAGAAAGAAGAAUCAGAAGAAUCGAGAAUUGAAAGAAUGUCGAAUGAAUGCCAAACUUUGGCAUAAACAUUGCCGUCGACUUGCCAAGUGUUGUCCGGUGUACAAUCAGUUAGUGCAUCACAAAUUAACCUCAUUUUAA